UGUGGGGUUGCAAGAUAUGCCAGGGAAAGGCCGGCGUCCUACAUAAAGAGUGUGGGACAGGGAGCCGGGCGGCACACACAGGGCAACGCACCUUUCUGUACGACAAAGCAGUAAAGAGGGUCAGGAGAAGAGUGACAGAAAGAAAGAGGGAAAGGGCAAAGGAAGAGUGGCAGGGAAUAACUGAGAAGAUAUGAUACGUUCAUGUGAACAAGGGAUCCUUGCCUGGGUCUAUGUGGGCACCCUGCUCAUCUUCAUCCACUUCUACUCUGUCACAGUUAGAGGAGCUGUCCCAAAGCUGGAGGCAGCACUGGACAGUGGGGCCACGGUGCUAAAUCACUCCAUGGGUUUGGUGCAGCGUAUGGAGACCCUGCUGGCCAUGGGGAACGGCAGUGAUGUCACUCUUCGGGUGCACACUAUCAAUACGGAUGAGGUGAAGGUGAUCCAGGCCCAUAGCCUGGUUCUCACCCUGCAGAGUGAUGUAUUUGAGGAGCUGCUGCUUAGCCGCAAUAACAGUACUGUGGUUUUGAGGGAAACCCUGGACUGUGCAACUGUCUUUGACAAGUUUGUUAGGUAUCUGUACUGUGGUGACAUCUCAGUGCGACUAGAUCAGGCCGUUUCUCUACACAAGCUGGCCAGCAAGUACCAUGUGUGGGGCUUGCAGCAGGGACUGACCCAAUAUAUGACGCAGCAUCUGUCCAGUGAUUCCCCCGCAGGCCAUGUGGUUGGUUGGUACAGCUAUGCACUACAAAUUGGGGACACGACCCUGCGAGACAGCUGCCUACAGUACCUGUCCUGGAACCUGUCUUCUGUGCUGCAGAGCGGAGAAUGGGGUUCCAUCAGUGAAGAACUGCUCCUCUCCUUGCUCAGACGCUCUGACCUCAUUUUGCAGAGUGAGCUGGAACUCUAUGAGGCCCUGGAGUUCUGGAUUAGCCAGAACCAGCCUGUCAGUACGACAGUGGAGAGUGCCUUAAGGGCUGUUCGAUACGGCAUGAUCUCCCCUCAGCAUCUCUUCCGUCUUCAGAAGCAAUCCCCCCUCAUGCUGAAGUAUUACGAGUCUAUCCGUGAUCUCCUCUUUUUAGCUUUCCAGUUUCAUUCUGCUUCUCCUAUCCAACUGGCCAAAUACUUUGAUGUCAACUGCAGUAUUUUCACACCCCGUAACUAUCUGUCCUCCUCCUGGGGGUCCCCUUGGGUCAUAAAUAACCCUACCCGUGAUGACCGCAGUUUCAGCUUCCAGACCCAGCUCGGGCCCAGUGGUCAUGACUAUAAUAAGAAAAUUACAUGGAAUGCCCUUUUCUCGCCUCGCUGGCUCCCACUUAGUGUAAGAACAUCAUACACUGAGCUGGGUGCUAUGCAGCCCACCCGCACAGAGGGAGGUCGACCUCGCAUGAUUAUAACACCAGCAACUUCUAGUCCAGACUUUGCUGGUGUGAGUUUCCAGAAGACAGUGAUUGUUAUGGCAAGACAGCAAGGAAAAGUGGUGGUUCGCCAUGUCUACAACUUCCACCAAAGCACAGAGGAGGUCGGGGAUUUCCUGGUGGAUGCUGACCUGCAGCGCCGUUCCUCUGAAUACCUGAUUGACAGCUCCCUCUAUCUGCACAUUGUGAUAAAACCUCUCUACCAUAGCCUUCUUGUUGCCAGAAAGUAAAGGCAGGAAACUGCUGUUAUCCACCCACCACCAACACAAUCACAUGCACAUAUUCCAUCAUAAUCAUAUGUUUAUGUGUCAGGUCUGUGACACCUAAUUUAUUGAUUCAUUUGUGCAUUUUUUUUCUUUGGUCUUCCAAAUAUUUAGUGAGGAGGUGUCUGGUAAAAUAAAUGACUAACAAUUGAACAACUUGGUAGUUAUGACAGUAAUGGUGGGUUUUUCAAUAUUUUAUGCUUACGGAGGAAAACACUUCACUUCACUGUACAGUAUUUGUGCAGGUAUUUUAUAACCUGGUUGUUUGUUCCUUGAAUUUAUUAAAUCUGUGUGAUGGUUAAUGUUGUUUGCUUAGGUACUAUAGAAGGUUUGCUUACUAUUGCUUUAAGGUUUAUGCAUUUCACAAGUCAGCACUCAAUAAUAUAUUUUUAGUUCGUAACUCUUAUAUCCUGCAACAUACAAUUAUAAACCUGCUUGCUAUAAAUGUGCUAAUUCAAGUGCAGUCUCAUUGCCAGUAUUCCUUUGUUCCUUUAUAUGACAUUUGAAACUGAAAUUGCAGUUCCUUGGUAAUUUUUUCUCAGUAAUUGUUACACUUUCAUUUUAUCUUGCUUUUAAAGCAACUA